CCCCCCCCCCCCCCCCCCCCCCCCCACACACACACACAAUGUCUCAACCGGAAAAUGAGUCCCAAUCUCCACACCGCCACCACCAUCAACCUCACCAUCUUAAAAUCCCUCUUACACCGUUCAAUUUCUCUAAACCACUUCAACCAGAUCCUCUCCCAAUCCAUUCUCACUGGCCACAUCCACAACACACUCUUCUCCACCAAACUCUUCACCUUCUCCCUCCCCUCCUUCCCCUUCCACCACUCUCUCCGCAUUUUCACCCACUUCCUCCAAAACCCUAACCCCUUUGCCUCUAACUCCCUCAUGCGUGCUCAUGUCGAUCGCAACCAACCCCACCAUGCCAUUUCCCUCUACAACUCCCUUUGCAGAACAAGUGCUGUUUUUGAUAACUACACACACCCCAUCCUCCUUCGUGCAUGCGCGUCACGUACCUCUGAGCUCGAGGGGAGGCAAGUGCAUUCCCAUGUUCUCAAGAUGGGUUUUGGUUCUGAUCUUUAUGUCAACAAUACCUUGAUUAAUUUGUAUGCUGUUUGCGGGAACAUGGAGAGCACUCGCAAGGUGUUCGAUGAAAGUCCCGUGUUGGAUAAGGUUUCGUGGAACACGGUUUUGGCUGGGUAUGUUCAAUUGGGUGAUGUGGAGGAAGCAGAGAGGGUUUAUGCUAUGAUGCCAGUGAGGAACACGAUUGCUUCGAAUUCAAUGAUUGUGCUGUUUGGGAAGAGUGGUUGUGUUGAGAAGGCACGCCAACUGUUUGAUGAGAUUGAGGAAAAGGAUAUGAUCUCGUGGACUGCGCUGGUUUCAUGUUAUGAGCAGAAUGGGAUCUUUGAGGAGGCCUUGGGUUUGUUUGUUGAGAUGAAUGCUCAUGGGGUGGUGGUGGAUGAGGUGGCCGUGAUUAGUGCUGUGUCUGCUUGUGCACAUUUGAUGAUAGAUAGGACUGGGAAGGUGAUACAUGGCUUGGCUACAAAGGUAGGGAUUGAAGGUUAUGUUAACUUGAAGAAUGCAUUGAUCAAUUUUUACUCGAGUUGUGGGGAAAUAUUGAAUGCUCGGAAGGUUUUUGAUGGUGGUUUGCUCGCGGAUCAGAUAUCUUGGAACUCAAUGAUUUCUGGGUACUUGAGAUGUGGCUCGGUUGACGAUGCUGAGAUGCUGUUUGGUUCUAUGCCUGAGAAGGAUGUUGUGUCUUGGAGUGCUAUGAUAUCUGGUUAUGCGCAACAUGAACGAUUCUCGGAAGCCUUGGCUUUGUUUCAGGAAAUGCAGGUUCAUGGAAUUAGGCCUGAUGAGACUGUUUUAGUGAGUGUUGUCUCGGCAUGUACCCGUCUUGCUGCUUUGGAUUUGGGCAAAUGGAUUCAUGCUUAUAUAAGUAAAAAUAGAUUGAAAGUUAAUUUCAUCUUGGGCACAACACUUAUAGAUAUGUACAUGAAAUGUGGUUGUGUGGAGAAUGCAUUGGAGGUUUUCCAUGGAUUGGAGGAAAAGGGGGUUUCUACAUGGAAUGCGCUCAUUCUUGGGUUGGCAAUGAAUGGUUUAGUACAAAAGUCACUUAGCAUGUUUGAGAUGAUGAAAAAAUCAGGAACUUGUCCUAAUGAAAUUACAUUUGUGGGAGUUCUUGGGGCUUGUCGGCAUAUGGGACUAGUAGACGAGGGGCGCCGCUACUUUAAUUCCAUGAUUGAAGAACACAAGAUAGAGCCGAAUGUAAAGCAUUAUGGAUGCAUUGUUGACCUGUUGGGGCGUUCAGGUUUGCUUAAGGAAGCAGAGGAAGUGAUCGAGAGUAUGCCAAUGGCACCGGAUGUUGCUACAUGGGGUGCUUUGCUUGGUGCUUGUAGGAAGCACAACAACAAUGAAAUGGGAGAGAGGGUUGGAAGAAAACUCAUUCAGCUUCACCCUGAUCAUGAUGGUUUACAUGUGUUAUUGUCAAGUAUAUACGCUUCGAAAGGGAAUUGGGGCAAUGUUCUUGAAAUUAGGGAUAGUAUGGCACAACACGGGGUGGUGAAGAUACCUGGUUGUAGCAUGCUUGAAGCAAAUGGGAUAGUUCAUGAAUUUUUUGCAGGGGAUAAGACACACCCAAAAAUCAAUGAUAUUGAACAUAUGUUAUACGUAGUGGCUGCAAAAUUGAAGAUCGAAGGAUAUACACCAAGCACAAAUGAGGUUUCACUUGAUAUUGAUGAAGAAGAGAAGGAAACUGCACUUUUCAGCCAUAGUGAGAAACUUGCGGUGGCGUUCGGACUGAUCACUAUUCCUCCGCCAACUCCUAUCAGAAUAAUGAAGAAUCUGCGAAUAUGUAGUGAUUUCCACACCGUGGUGAAACUAGUCUCAAAAGCAUUCAAUCGCGAAAUUGUGGUGAGGGAUCGUCAUCGCUUCCACCACUUUAAACAUGGAUCUUGUUCCUGCAUGGACUUUUGGUAGAAGAAUUGUUGCAGACAAUUGAAUUGGUUUGGAGCAGCUUGCAUUCAUAAAACAUCACUUGGCUUGAACUCCUCUUAGUUUUGCCAAGCUUGAUCCUGAUCAUGAAUUGAUUAUUGAGCUUUUGGAUCCAUAACUUGUGACAAUUCAUAAAAUCUUGCUUUCACCAAGAUCAUGAGGGUUCAACAAAGUUGAUUCAUCUUCUUACCUGAUUAAACUGAGGUAAUCACAACAUAAGUGCACCUAAAAUUAUAUUGGCAUGGCAGCCCAAAGUUCAACACAACCAUGAAAAGGAUAUGAUGUGAUUAGUGUACACUACAAAGGUGUCACUGAAGACUAUGAGUCUGCCAUCUCUGCAUGCUUCGGAAUAUUGGGGUAAUUAAAAAAAAUUAAUAUGGAAAUAUACCGCACCAAAAAAAAAAAAAUGGUUAUGGUAGAUUGGUAGUGUAGAUGCUUCUUUCUUAUAUGCCUAGCCAUUAAAUAUUUACUAAUAUUUGCCAUAUACUAAUUAACUUGGAAUAAACUCAAUCCCAAAAGACAAAGAAAUAUUAGUAAUUCAUUAGCAAUUGCAAACAUAAUUUGAAU